AUGUGGAAGAAGGAAAGAUCAAAGGUUGUAGGCACCACAACAACUGAGGAGCUACUCCUCAUCGAACAGUGGCUUACACAUGCGGAACGUCGAGUGAAGGCGGUGAACGAGACUGGCUUCAAAAUGCUCCUCGACGAGGGCAAUGGUCACAAAGCACGUCUGGUAGAGCUCGGUUCCACUAGUGACGUCGAGGAUGGACCCAGAAUCACGCAUCUCUCGGGUCGAAUCGAAGAAUUCCUGCACUACGUGAAAACGAGGAUGAAUCGAUCACAACGAAUUCAGGCGUUCUUCCAGUCGGCUCAGACGGUUAGCGCCAUCCUCCUCAUCGUUCUCUCUUCCGUUAUUCUAGCACUGGGUGACGUACUCAUCAGUCGUGUGUAG